AUGGCUGAGCUGAGGGCCCCACUGCCAACUGAGCUUGGCCGUCUGCGCAUCCUUUCACCCACUGCCGAUGGUUGGGCUGAUCGUAUGGGCUUUAUGAAUAAGGAUUCCGUAUUUGACCUCCUGGAUCACUACUAUGAAGCUGGUGGGAACUUCAUUGAUACCGCCAAUACCUACCACAGCGAGCAGUCAGAACAGAUGAUCGGAGAAUGGGCUGAGGAACGUCAGAACCGUGACUCACUGGUGUUGGCUACCAAAUUUAGUUUGGACUAUCGUAGCCAUGCUAUAGGUAGGGGACCUCGGGCGGCUAAUUUUUCGGGCAACUCGCGUCGCUGUAUUCAUGUUGCUGUGCGUGAUUCACUGAAGAAGCUACGUACUGAUUACAUUGAUAUCUACUACAUUCAUUACUGGGAUUACACUACAUCGAUCAAGGAAAUCAUGGACACUCUUCAUAUUCUUGUUGAGCAGGGUAAGGUCCUGUAUCUAGGAGUUUCGGAUACUCCUGCCUGGAUUGUGGCUGCCGCCAACACCUAUGCUAUUGAGAAUGGAAAGACUCCAUUUAGUAUCUACCAAGGACGUUGGAGUCUUCUGCAUCGUGACUUCGAGCGCGACAUUAUCCCUAUGGCCCGUCACUUUGGCAUGGCUCUUGCACCUUGGGCUGUGCUCGGUGGAGGCAAAUUCCAAUCUCACACCAGGACUGUAUCCCGUGAUUACCGUCAGGCUUUUCCGUCAAGCCCUGGUAUGCCAGUGGGGGGUACUAGAAGUUCUACCGUUCAAAGCGAGGACGAGAUCAAGAUAAGUGAGGCUUUGGACAAAGUCGCAUCUGAGCACGGAGAAAAUGUGAAAGGUACGGCAGUUGCAUUAGCCUACGUCAUGUCCAAGGCCGCGAAUGUCUUCCCUGUUGUUGGUGGCCGUUUGGCUGAACAUUGGAGCGACAACAUUAAAGCCCUCAGCCUCAAACUCACUGACGAGCAAAUUAAAUAUCUCGAAAGUAUCAAGCCUUUCGACCUUGGAUUUCCGCAUAACUUCAUUCCAGCAGACCCCAAUAUCACUGGAUCCUCAUCCUUGAUUGCCAAGACCAGUGAGCUCAAGUUUCCCAACGCCCGGACUUUCACCUCACUGUGA